UAACAGUGAUGUUGAAUUUCAAGGGCAGUUCUACUUCUAUUCUGAACGGUGAACAGCGCAUACGGUGUGAAGAAACAUGAGCAUGUUAAGCAGAGUGGGUCAAGUCCGCAGGUGUGCUGCCACCGUGACCCCAGUCCUGGGCACGGUGGCAGCCAGAUGGAAGCACUCGCUCCCUGACCUGACCUACGACUAUGGAGCCCUGGAGCCCCACAUCAACGCAGAGAUCAUGCAGCUCCACCACAGCAAGCACCACGCCACCUAUGUUAACAACCUCAACGUCACAGAGGAGAAGUACCAGGAGGCACUGGCCAAAGGUGAUGUGACAGCACAGGUUUCUCUCCAGCCUGCUCUGAGGUUUAAUGGAGGAGGCCACAUCAACCACACCAUCUUCUGGACAAACCUCUCUCCAAAUGGCGGUGGAGAACCACAGGGUGAGCUGGCAGCGGCCAUCAACCGUGACUUUGGCUCCUUCCAGGCAUUGAAGGACAAGAUGUCUGCCGCCACUGUGGCGGUCCAGGGCUCAGGCUGGGGAUGGCUGGGCUUCGACAAGGAGAGCGGGAAGCUCCGUAUCACAGCCUGCCCUAAUCAAGACCCACUGCAGGGAACCACAGGUCUGGUCCCCCUGCUGGGUAUUGAUGUGUGGGAGCAUGCCUACUAUUUACAGUACAAGAAUGUCCGACCCGACUAUGUCAAAGCCAUCUGGAAUGUCAUCAACUGGGAGAACGUGAGCGAGCGCCUCCAGGCCGCCAAAAAGUAGACCAUUUCCCCCUCAGAACACACACAGGCUCUUCCUUCCUGCCCCAAACCUUACCCCCGCAGACCUUACUACCUUAAGAGAGCACAAAAUACCCUCUUAACCCAAAUGAAGAUAGCUGCUGUAUACUGUACCAGAGAGAAUAUUCAGUCUGUAAAGCUGUUUGUUUGUCCGACUAUAGCUAGGUUUCCAUCCAAUUGGCGACAGAUUUUCAUGCAAGUAUUAUAAAAUCGGCAUUAGAACAAUGUGCAUUUUCCCACGAGAUGUUUCCAUCAAAAUGACUUGUUGCAAAUGCUGUGCGUGAUGACAGUGCACAUAAAAAUACCUUGUGGUUAAAUUCCCAAGUACCAAAUAAAAAAGCAAGUUAAAUGUGUUUCUAUCGCAUUUAAAUCUAAUGAUGUUUCUAAAAAAUUAAAAAUUGAGUUAUAUACCGAGUGUGUCCAGUCUUGUAUUGUCACGUGCACGUAUAGCUUACAUGAUACGAAUAUUAUAAACAAAAGAGCGAGAAUUUUUAUUUGUCAAACGGCAGACAAGCAUCAAGCUCAUCACCAUGCACUUUCACCUCCCUGUGAAGUCUUAACUUACUUAAUCUGUAGACUAAUAAACUGCAUGCUUUCCCGAUGAGUUGCAGUGGGAUAACCGCACAUAUCAUUGUGUCAUUCAGUUGACUUCAAUAUGAUUGUUGUUUUAUCAAUAUUUGCUCAUAAAAGCAUUUCCACUGAUAUUUCUCGCAUAAGUAAUUUUAAUUACGAUUUUCUGUUUCUAUCAGGCCUGUCAUUACUUCUUUUUUUAUUUUUUAUUAUCAGACCUGUACUUAACUCACAUAAAAAGGUUGGAUGGAAACCUGGUCAGUGUUGCACAGAUAUCAGGUAAAUGUGAUUGAGGCAAAUGUUUUUGAUGUGAUAUAAUAAAAUAUUUAGUUUGAAUUGUA